ACGUCACGUGACUCACCCCCGUCUCCAGCUAAACAUUAUUGAGCAGCAAGCAGCAAGCGCUUGUCAACAACCGAGCGUCCGUCGAUCUUCAGCCUCCACUUCAACUUACCUCAGCAACUCAGCAAACUUCUCGCCUCGCUGUCCAGCAGACGGGCUGACUCAAUGCCUUUCAGAGGACCCAAAACACCGAGGGGAUCAUGGACGUCCACGAUUUGUUCAGUAGUUGCAGAAAGGGCGACAUUUGUAGAGUCAGAUACCUCGUUGAACAGCGAGAGGUGGACCUCAAUGUAAGAGAUAAAUGGGAUAGCAGCCCCUUGUAUUAUGCUUGUCUCUGUGGUCAUGAGGAGCUUGUCCAGUACCUGCUGGCAAGUGGUGCCAAGUGCGAGGCCAACACAUUUGACGGUGAGCGGUGCCUGUACGGCUCACUGAACGACUCAAUCCGACGCCUGCUCAAGGAGUACAAGUGCGUCGGUGGCCGCGCCAUGAAGCGGGAUGAUUUUAACUACUUCCUGCACAUGUUGCUAGAGCAAGGACUGCACAGUGACAUCACGUUCCUUGUUCACGGGCAAAUGUUCACGGCGCACCGAUGUGUGCUCGGUGCGCUCUCAGAGUACUUCACAGAAAUGUUUGCCACCAAAUGGAGAAACAAAACCUUGAUCCACCUCAAACAUCCUCUGAUCAACCCUGCAGCUUUUCGAGCCAUUCUGCAGUAUUUGUAUACAGGACGUAUGGAUAUUGACGUGAGCCUUGUAGACGACUGCAGACGACUUGCUAAGCAAUGCAAAAUGACAGAUCUCAUCGAGGAGCUUCAGAUUAAAUGCAAACAGGUGUAUGAAUUUGUGUCCAACAAGCCAGGCAUCUGUGUGAAGGUUCUGAGUCUGGAGCCUCAUAGCUGCCAACUCCAGGAGGACAUGGCCCAGUUGGCUGACUGUGCUCUGCCCCCUCAGCUCAGAGUUGGAUUUGGGGUUCUUCCCUUCAACAGGGUCGACCACUUGCCCACCUACCCUGACGUCUGCUUUCGAGUCAAUGGCUAUGAUUUCUUGUGUCAUAAGGCCUUUUUCUGUGGACGGAGUGAUUACUUUAAAGCCUUACUGGAGGACCACUUCAGUGAGGGAGAGCAGCUUCAGUCCCAGCCCAGCACUCCGGCGAUAACUCUGCACAACAUCUCUCAUCAGAUUUUCAUCCACAUCAUGUAUUACAUCUACAGCGAUGACACACAGCUGACAUGGGAGAACGUGUUUGACAUCCUGUGUGUGGCUGACAUGUACCUGCUGCCAGGCUUGAAACGUCUGUGCGGGAAGACCCUGGCCAAGAACAUAUGCGAGGACAACGUUCUGUGCUUGUGGAAGACAGCCAAGCUCUUCCGGCUCUCCCGGCUGGAGGAUCAAUGCAUAGAGUUCAUGGCCAAAAUUAUUGAGCGGCUGGUGGAGAACGAGGAGUUUGCCGAGGUGGUCAAGGAGGAUGCCGCUCUGCUGGAGAAGCGACACGAAACCGACUCCGUCCCCCUGAUAGACGACAUCCGUUUCCACAUCACCAGCAACGUGCAGACGUACAGUGCCAUCGAGGAGGCCAAUCAGAAGCUGGAGGCCUUGGAAGAGCUGCUGUUUAGCAUUGAUAUUGACUGCUGAAAACUUGAUGACUUCUUGAACAUCUAUAGAGGUGCAGUUUGCAUGAGAAAGAACCCUUGUUUCUCUUUUCUAUUUGUAAGCUUAUUUUAUCUACAGCAUAUUAUCGCAACAUUGUAUAGAACCUAUUUUUAGUUAUUGCAUAUAUUAUUAUACAUAUUUUCAUGUACAGUGGAUGUAAAAAGUCUACACACCCCUGUUCAAUUUGCUAUUUUUUGAGAUAUAAAACAAAACAAGAUCAAUCCUUACGAAACAGUUUCCACCAUUAAUGUGGCAUAUAACAUACAAGUAAAUUGGAGAAAACAUCUAUUAUAGGAAAGAAGUAAAAUAACUGAGAUAAUGUAAUUGUACAAGUGUGCACACCCUCCUAUAAGUGGGGAUGUGGCUGUUUUGAGAAUUAACCAAACACAUUCAAGUUCGUAUUAAAUGAGUUUAGUUAAAAGACAACUGCCACCAUUUAAAUUGCCUCUCAUUAACCCCAAAUAAAGUAAAAUUGUUGUAGUAGGGCGGCACGGUGGAUGACUGGUGAGAGCGUCUGCCUCACAGUUCUGAGGACUGGGGUUCAAUCCUCGGCCCCGCCUGUUUGAAGUUUGCAUGUUCUCCCCGUGCCUGCGUGGGUUUUCUCCGGGCACUCCGGUUUCCUCCCACAUCUAAAAACAUGCAUGCUAGGUUAAUUGACGACUCUAAAUUGCCCGUAGGUGUGAGUGUGAAUGGUUGUUUAUUUGUAUGUGCCCUGCAUUUGGCUGGCAACCAGUUCAGGGUUUACCCCGCCUCCUGCCCGAUGUUAGCUGGAAUAGGCUCCAGUACGCCCGCGAACCUAGUGAGGAGAAGCGGCUCAGAAAAUUGAUUGAUGUUGUAGUAGGCUUUUCCCAAUAGGCUUCGGUUUCAUUGGAUCAUGACACAACUUUGCACGUACGAUUGGGAGAUUUCAAGUGUGCUGUUAUGUUGCCCUUGCCCUUGCCCUACAGCCCAGACCUAUUAAAAAGAUGGGGGAUUGGUGUUACAUGUACUAAACAGCCUAGUACUUGCCAGAAAUUUCUGAAGCUUCUUUCAUGUUGCUGUCGGCCUCUUGACCACUUCUCAUCUUUUCAUCUAUUUUGGAGGGACAUCCGGUUAUUGGUAACAUCACUGUUCUGCCACAUUUUCUCCACUUGAUGAUGACUGUGGUUUCUGUGUUCGAUUGUAUUUUUAAUGCAUUGGAAAUCCUUGUGUAGCCUUCUCGCAAUAGCGUGGGGAAGCGCUAUGUGGACAGACAGGAAUACAAAAUUGUCAGGAAAAACCUACUAAAACAGCAGAACUCUAUUUGGGGUUAAUCAGAGGCACUUGAAAUGGUGGCAAAGGUGUGCUGGCUCCCUUUUAACAUGAGUUUGAAUGUGAUUGGUUCAUUCUGAACAUGGCCACAUCCCCAGUUAUAAGAGGGUGCUCAUACUUGUACAACCACAACCUCAGUUGGGUGUGCACACUUGUGGAGCCACAAUCUCAGUUGUUUGUGUUUACUUCCCCUCUUUAAAAUAUUUCAUUUGAGUUAUAAAGGUUAAAGGUAACAUUAAUGGUAGAAAAAGUUUUGAAAUGAUUUAUCGUGAUCUAAUUUUUUUUAAUCUCAUAAAAGCCUGACAUUUGAAGAGGGUUGUGUAGACUUUUUAUAUCCACUGUGUAUACAUAGAACUGUUUUUGAUUCCUCACUUUAAUUUGGCCUCCAAAUAGUUCAACAAGGUGACUUUUUAAUGGCUUUCAUUGCCACCUUUUAAAGCCUAAAUUUACUAAUUGAUUCAUUUUGAAAAUAUUUGAAUGUUUUAAGUAUCUAAUUCUGAUUAGAAUAUGAUUUAAUCCUCCAUUCACUUUGUAUGUUAAGAAACAUCUUUGGCAGUGUGUGCAAGAGAGAAAAAAUGUGGAACCUUAAAGGUAAAGCCACCAUUUGUUUUGUGUAAAAAUGGGCGAAAACUGUUCUUGGUUUGGAAAAAAAAGUGACCUAUUAAAACCACACUUAGUCUUGA